CGGCCUUUUGUUUAAGUAUGGUUAGUUCACGCAGUGGUAAAGACUUCACAUGUUUUGCUGUAAAAGAUCUUCGGAAGGAGGAAAGAUCGAUGGAAAUCGUCUUAAAGCAGUAGUUAAACUUCCUAAGAGGCGGAGUACAUUAUGAAUGACAGCUCUAACCAGGAGAGAGCCUCCAGUUUGGACCAAGCAGAACCAGAACCUCCACAAUUCAAAGAGGAACCAGAGGAACUGUGCAUUAAUCAGGAGGAAGAGUCGCUCUGGCUGAAUCAGGAUGCUGAUGUAAAUGCAGAAUUAAAGUCUAAAUGUGAAGAGAAUUUCAGAGAUUGUAAAAGGAUUAUGUUUCAGUUCAAGGAACUGUCACAUUAUCAGUACUGCCUGGGGAUCAGAAAUGCUGAGACAGACUUACACAAAACAGAACAGCAGCAUCUGUGUGAGGAUAAGAAUAAAUGGCACCUCCAUAAACGGAAGAGACAUUCCAGUUUGGACCAAACAGAACCAGAACCUCUACAGAUUAAAGAAGAACCAGAGGAACUCUGCAGUAACCAGGAGGGAGAGCAGCUGCUCCUGAAUCAGGAGACUGAUGUGAAGAUGGAGUUCAAGUCUGAUUUGUUGGAUCAUCAGCAUCACCAGAGGAACAUCACCAUGAUUCCUGUCAUAAAGCUGGAAAGAAUAGCCCCAGAUGUUCAACAUCAACAUCUGUGUGAUGAUAAGAAUAAAUGGCACCUCCAUAAACGGGAGAGACAUUCCAGUCUGGACCAAGCAGAACCAGAACCUCUACAGAUUAAAGAAGAACCAGAGGAACUCUGCAGUAACCAGGAGGGAGAGCAGCUGCUCCUGAAUCAGGAGACUGAUGUGAAGAUGGAGUUCAAGUCUGAUUUGUUGGAUCAUCAGCAUCAGCAGUGGAACAUCACCAUGAUUCCUGUCAUAAAGCUGGAACGAAUAGACUUCUCAGAGAAAAACAUCUGUAAGGAGGAGACUGAUGAUGAGCAGCUUCUCUGGAAGCAGGAGAGGAGCUCCAGCCUGGAUGAAGAGAAACCAGAGCUUCCACUGAUAAAGGAGGAGUGGGAGGAGAUCUGCAUCGGUGAGGAAGGAGAGGAGCUGGAACUGAAGCAGGAAAAUUAUGAUUUCAUGGUCACUGAGGAUGAUCAGGAAAAGAUGGACUCCAAACCAGAACCAAGUGAGAACCCAGUUCUGGAAGCAAACACUCAGAUCAGAAACAGCGAUGCUGUGACUGUCCAGCUGGACUCUCCUUCAGAUUCUCAUGUGAAGGAGAGUCCAGCUGUCUUAUGUCAGUCAUAUUCCUGUGACACAUGUGGAAACAUUUUACCUCAACAUAGUGAUUCAAUACACACGUCGGAAAGGCCUUAUUCUUGUAAAGUCUGUGAAAAAAGUUACUCUCAAAGUUCUACCUCAGAAGCUCAUAUGAAAACCCCUACAGGUAAGAAACCUUUUUCUUGUAAGGUAUGUAAAGAAGAUUUCACUCAAAGGAAAAAUGUCAAACUCCACAUGAGAACUCACACAGGUGAGAAGCUUUUUUCGUGUGAAAUUUGUAAGAAGGUUCUCGUCUCCUUGAGAAAUUUGACCUAUCAUAUGAGAACUCACACAGGUGAAAGUCCUUUCACUUGUGAAGCUUGUGGAAAAAUUUACACUAAAGGUAGUGACUUGAAAAUCCACAUGAGAACUCACACAGGUGAAAGGCCUUUUACUUGUAAACUUUGUCAAAAGGGUUUCAUGCAAAGUAGAGACUUAAAGGCCCACAUGAGAAUACACACAGGCGAAAUGCCUUAUUCUUGUGAAGUCUGUGAAAAAAGUUUUACUAGAAAUUCCAACUUAAAUGCUCACAUGAGAAUUCACACGCGUGAGAGGCCUUUCACUUGUGAAGUAUGUGGAAAAAGUUUCUUUAAAAGUAGUGACUUGAAAAUCCACAUGAGAAUUCACACAGGAGAAAGGCCUUUUUCCUGUGAGAUUUGUGACAAAGGUUUCGUCCAUUCAGGUGGAUUGACCUGUCAUAUGAGAACUCACACAGGUGAAAGGCCUUUUACUUGUGAAGUAUGUGGAAAAAGUUUCGCUCAAAGUAGGGACUUAAAAACCCACAUAAGAACUCACACAGGUGAGAAGCUUUUUUCGUGUGAUAUUUGUGAGAAACACUUUGUCUCCUUAAGAAAUUUGACUUGUCAUAUGAGAAUUCACACGGGUGAAAGGCCUUAUUCUUGUAAAGUUUGUCAAAAAUGUUUUACUCAACAUUCUUGCUUAAAUGUUCACAUGAGAAUUCACACAGGUGAGAGGCCUUAUUCCUGUGACAUUUGUAAGAAAGUUUUCAUCCGUUCAGGUGCAUUGACCUUACACAUGAGAACUCACACAGGUGAAAGGCCUUAUUCUUGUAAAAUAUGUCAAAAGGGUUUCAUGCAAAGUAGAGACUUAAAGGUCCACAUGAGGACUCACACAGAUGAAAGGCCUUAUUCUUGUAAAGUUUGUCAAAAAUGUUUUACUCAAUGUUCUUGCUUAAAUGUUCACAUGAGAAGUCACACAGGUGAGAGGACUUAUUCCUGUGACAUUUGUAAGAAAACCUUCAUCUAUGCAAAUAGUUUGACCUUACACAUGAGAAAUCACACAGGUGAAAGGCCUUAUUCUUGUAAACUAUGUCAGAAGGGUUUCAUGCAAAGCAGUCCCUUAAAGGCCCACAUGAGGACUCACACAUGCAAAAGUAUGUGAAAAAAACUUUUCUCAAAGUACUAAAUUAAAAGCCCACAUAAGAACUUGCAUAUCUCCAUGUGAAAUUUGUAAGUUUUUUGUCUCCUUGAGAAAUUUGACCUAUCAUGAAAACUCACACAGGUUAAAGCCUUUAUUCUUGUAAAGUUUGUCAAGAAUGUUAUACGCGAAGUAGUUCAUUAUGUGCCCACAUGAAAACCCACACAGUAGUAAAACGCCACAUGUAGUAAACCAAAACACUUCAAAUCCUCUUCACCUUAAUCCACCUGUGUCAUGGUAGGAAUAACAUGUCAAUGUAAGGGUGGGGUCAUCUGGACCCCAUAAGAUAGCACAAGAGUUAGCUGACUACAUGAACACCCAAACUGGUAAAAGGUGUCAUUCGUUUUUGCUUUCUCUUCCUUAACUGCCUAUAAUAGAACACAUGAUGAAAUCGCACCAUUGGGAAGAUUUUAUGUUGUAAAUUAUGUAAAAUCUUUGAUCAAACUCAUGUUUUUUACCAUGAAUGCAACAGUUCACACAUCCAAGAACCCAUAUUUUUAUUUAAAAGAAUAGUUUUCCUGGAUAUUCAGACUAUUCUGAAUAAAGCAAAAAUAUUAAAAUGGCACCAUGUUUUUGUCAAAUAAAUUAAAAAUAUUUCAAUGCAGUAGAUACUAGGAAUGUAACGGUACGCUAAAAUCUCAUUUCGGUUCGGUUCAGUAUUUCAUAGGGCUCGGUUCGGUACAUUUUCUGUUUGUUUGUUUUUUUGUGACAAAAAGUCAAAAAAAAUUACUUGCAAAAUGCAUUUAUUGGUUUUAUAUAACAAUGAAUAAAGUGAACCUAUGUAGGUGAUCUGCUAGAUAAAAUAAUACAAGUAUUAGUUGCCAGUAACCAAAAACUUUGGAUAAUUAACACUGGCCUGAAAAACAAGUAGCUUUUUUUUUUUUUACUUGCACACUUUUUUCUUGUAGACCUGAUUUUUACAGUCGUGUGAUGUCAUUAAAGUGUGUUGGGUGUACACGCUAUUUUUGUGCAACAAUGUCGACACACAGCAUUCGACUUGUCCAAUUGUCUUUUCCCUUCAUUGAUGCUCACAACAAAGCCAAAGUGUUCCCCCCACACAGGAGAGCGUAAGGAGAUGGGGGGGGGGGGGGGGGGGGGGGGGGUCCUCAAAUUCUGGCCUCACAUCUGCAUUAGCAAUGUUGAUACUGUUCACAUGCCUUACUGUCACCUCUGUUACCCAAUAGCGUAUUUGCGGAAACUCUUGGCUAACAUUAGUUCCACCUCAGCUCAAAGAUUAUACAUUUUGGGGGUGGGGUGGGGGUGGAGUACUGAAACUGUACCAAAGUGAACCAAACCAAAAUUGCCGUACCGAAAUGGUUCAAUACAACUACAUGUACCAUUACACCCCUAACAGAUGCAUUCAGGAGGAUUCACAAUAUUGGAAGAUGUAUUUGCCACAUGUAGAUUUUUAGUAAUAGAUUACCUUUGCAUACAAUUGUGAGAUUCUCCAAUAGAGUAUGAUGUUUUUCUGAAGGUGCAAAAACCAUUUGCCUAUCUUUGCAUGAAAUGUUUAAAAAUAUGUAUAUAAACAUAGCUGUAGUUAACUGCUGAUAAAGAUGUAAAAUGUACCUUAAAUGUGUUUAAAUCUGACUUUGAAUAAAUGUAUAACUUCCUAUUAAUGAAACAUUUAUACAUUAUGGUGGUCUGUUGUUAAGAGAGUUUUCAAGUUUUAUUGCAGAUAUCCAAAUAAAGCACACUGAUCCCAAGCA